GGCAGGCUUGCUCAGGACAGGAGACCGGCGGCUCAGGUGCGCUUGUCCAGUCAGACGCCAUCUGUCCUUCCAGUCCCCGGGUCUGCCCUGCGUUGCCCGCAGCUCCUCACGGGUUAAUCCCCUCGCCGCCCGCUCGCUUCUUGGUGCCAAAGUGGGUGUUGCUGGAAUUCCUGUCUCCCGUAAUAAGGGGGCCGAGCUGUCCCUCCGAGGAGGGGGCAUGGCGUGGAUAAAAGAGACGAAAAAGCAGGGGGCGGUUUCCAAAAAUAAAACCCUCCGGUUCCCCUUCAGACGGCUGCAGUGCGGGGAGCGGGCGCGAAGGUGCAGUGGACACCGGCUCCGUGCGCAGCCCAGGCAGCUCAAGACAUACAGUCCUAGCCUGGGAACCCCCGGGUCCCCAGACCUGCUGCUUCAGUGCCCCCUAGACGGGUAGGGGCAAGCGGCUAGGAGGGUCCGUGGAGCAAACGGUGGAGGGCAUCUCCCCGCGAGGUCUCCGGUGCCCACAGCUCUGCGGCUACCCUGGCGCCAUGAGGGCUCCGACCACCUCCCGCUGCUCCGGACGCUUCCUGCGGAUGCGUUGGAGAGGCUUGCUGCCAGUCGCCCUGGCUCUCUUGAUGGGGACAGGUCAUGCCCAAAGGGACUCCGCGGGGAGAUACGAACCAGCUAGCAGGGAUGCGAAUCGGUUGUGGCGCCCCGUGGGCAGCCACCCCGUAGCUGCUGCAGCCAAGGUGUACAGUCUGUUCCGGGAGCCUGAUGCUCCGGUCUCUGGCUUGUCGCCCUCGGAGUGGAACCAACCCGGCCAGGGGAGCCCCAGGAGGCCCGCCGAGGCUGAGGCCGAGGCCAGGAGGCCAUCCCGUGCUCAACAGCUGCGUCGAGUCCAGCCACCUGUGCAGACCCGAAGAAGCAGUCCCCGGGGCCAGCAACAUCCAGCAGCCCGGGCUGCGCCUUCUGUCGCGCGCCGGGUGACCCUGCAGCGACCCGCGGCUGCACGGCAAGGGCGGCUCACCGGGAGAAAUGUCUGCGGGGGACAGUGCUGCCCAGGAUGGACUACAUCAAACAGCACCAACCACUGUAUUAAACCCGUGUGCCAGCCUCCCUGUCAGAACCGGGGCUCCUGCAGCAGGCCCCAGCUCUGUGUCUGCCGCUCCGGCUUCCGCGGGGCACGCUGUGAAGAAGUCAUCCCGGAAGAGGAAUUUGACCCCCAGAAUGCCAAGCCCGGGCCGAGACGCUCAGUGGAGGGGGCGCCCAGCCCUCACAGGAACAGCGAGGCCAGAGGAAGUCUCGUGACCAGAAUACAGCCGCUGGCACCACCACCACUACCAGCCAGGACCCGGAACGGCCUCAGCCAGACCCGCCCCUUGCAGCAGCUCACAGGGCUGCCCAGGACUGUUCGCCGCUAUCCGGCCACUGGUGCCAAUGGCCAGCUGACGUCCAAUGCUUUGCCUUCGGGACCAGGACUGGAGCUGAGAGAUGGCACCCAGCCAGGACCCCAUGUGAACCAUCUCUCACCCCCUUGGGGGCUGAACCUCACCGAGAAAAUCAAGAAGAUCAAGGUCGUCUUCACUCCCACCAUCUGCAAGCAGACCUGUGCCCGUGGACGCUGUGCCAACAACUGUGAAAAGGGCGACACCACCACCCUGUACAGCCAGGGUGGCCACGGGCAUGACCCCCAGUCUGGCUUCCGUAUCUACUUCUGCCAGAUCCCCUGCCUGAACGGGGGACGCUGCAUUGGCCGGGAUGAGUGCUGGUGUCCAGCCAACUCCACCGGGAAGUUCUGCCAUCUGCCUGUCCCACAGCCAGACAGGGAGCCUCCAAGGAGAGGCUCCCACCACAGAUCCCUGCUGGAAGGACCCUUGAAGCAAUCCACCUUCAUGCUGCCUCUCUCUAACCAGCUCGCCUCUGUGAAUCCCUCGGUGGUGAAGGUGCAUAUCCACCACCCGCCUGAGGCCUCUGUGCAGAUCCACCAGGUGGCGCGGGUCCGGGCUGAGGGGGGCCCUGAGCUGGAAGAAAACAGUGUGGAGACCCGAGCCUCUCACCGGCCCCCUGCCGGCCCGAGCCACAGUCACUGGGCCGGCAACCGCAUACCUGCUCAGGCUGGAGAGGGCCCCCGGCCACCACCCCAAGUGGUCUCCAUGCAUCAGGGACUUCUGGGCCGGUGUUACAUGAGCACAGCAAAUGGACAGUGUGCUAACCCCCUGGUGGAGCUGACUUCUCAGGAAGACUGCUGCGGCAGUGUGGGGACCUUCUGGGGGGUGAACUCAUGUGCUCCAUGCCCACCCAGACCAGCCUUCCCAGUGAUAGAAAAUGGUCAGCUGGAGUGUCCCCAAGGGUACAAGAGACUGAACCUCAGCCACUGCCAAGAUAUCAAUGAGUGUCUGACCCUGGGACUGUGCAAGGACGCAGAAUGUGUGAACACCAGGGGCAGCUACCUGUGUACCUGCAGGCCUGGCCUCAUGCUGGAUCCAUCGAGGAGCCGCUGCGUGUCGGACAAGGCUGUCUCCAUGCAACAGGGACUAUGCUACCGGUCCCUGGGGUCUGGAACCUGCACCCUGCCCUUGGUACAUCGGAUCACCAAGCAGAUAUGCUGCUGCAGCCGUGUGGGGAAAGCCUGGGGCAGCAAGUGUGAAAAGUGUCCCCUGCCUGGCACAGAGGCCUUCAGGGAGAUCUGCCCUGCUGGCCAUGGUUACACCUACUCCAGCUCAGACAUCCGCCUGUCAAUGAGGAAGGCCGAGGAGGAGGAACUGGCUAGCCCCUUAAGGGAACAGACACAGAAGACCAGUGGACCCCUGCCCGGGGCUGCAGAGAGGCAACCACUCCGGGCAGUCACCGGCACCUGGAUUGAGGCUGAGACCCUUCCUGACAAAGGUGACUCUCGGGCUAUUCAGAUCACAACCAGCGUUCCCCACCUGCCUGCCUGGGUACCAGGGGACGCCACGGGAAGACCGGCACCAUCGUUGUCUGCACAGGGCCUUCCAGAGAGUCCAGAGGAAGAGAAAGUGACUCCCUCCAGUGAUGUCCUGGUGACACAGACACCCCCAGGCCUUGAUCCAUGUUUUUCUGGGGCCUCCAACAUCUGUGGUCCUGGGACCUGUGUGAACCUUCCAGAUGGAUACAGAUGCAUCUGCAGCCCUGGUUACCGGCUCCACCCCAGCCAGGACUACUGCACCGAUGACAACGAGUGUCUAAGGAACCCCUGUGCAGGAAGAGGGCGCUGUGUCAACAGUGUGGGCUCCUACUCCUGCCUCUGCUACCCUGGCUACUCACUAGCCACCCUGGGAGAUACACAGGAGUGUCAAGACAUAGAUGAGUGUAAGCAGCCCGGGGUAUGCCGUGGUGGGCGAUGCAACAACACGGAGGGCUCGUACCACUGUGAAUGUGAACGGGGCUACGUCAUGGUCAGGAAAGGAGACUGCCAAGAUAUCAACGAAUGCCGUCACCCGGGAACCUGCCCUGAUGGGAGAUGCGUCAACUCCCCUGGCUCCUACACUUGUCUGCCCUGUGAGGAGGGCUUCAUAGGCCAGAGUGGAGGCUGUGUAGAUGUGAAUGAGUGUCUGACCCUUGGAAUCUGUGCCCAUGGAAGUUGCAUCAACAUGAAAGGCUCCUUUAGAUGCUCUUGUGAUCCGGGCUAUGAGGUCACCCAGGACAAGAAGGGCUGCCGAGAUGUGGAUGAGUGUGUCAGCCGAGCCUCGUGCCCCACGGGCCUCUGCCUCAACACCGAGGGUUCCUUCACCUGCGAAGCCUGUCAGAGUGGGUACUGGGUGAAUGAAGAUGGCACUGCCUGUGAAGACCUGGAUGAAUGUGCCUUCCCUGGAGUCUGCCCCACAGGAGUCUGCACCAACACUGUGGGCUCCUUCUCCUGCAAGGACUGCGAACGGGGCUACCGGCCCAGGCCCCUGGGCAACACCUGUGAGGAUGUGGAUGAGUGUGAAGGUCCCCAGAGCAACUGCCUGGGAGGAGAGUGCAAGAACACAGAAGGUUCCUACCAGUGCCUCUGUCCCCAGGGCUUCCGGCUGACCAAUGGCACUGCGUGUGAGGACAUGGACGAGUGUGCUAGGGAGGAACACUGUGCUCCUCACGGCGAAUGCCUCAACAGCCAGGGAUCCUUCUUCUGCCUCUGUGCCCCUGGCUUUGCCAGUGCUGAGGGGGGCACCAGAUGCCAGGAUGUUGAUGAAUGUGCAGCCACAGACCCAUGUCUGGGAGGUCACUGUGUCAACACAGAGGGCUCCUUCAACUGUCUGUGUGAGACUGGCUUCCAGCCCUCCCUGGACAGCGGAGAGUGUGUGGAUAUUGAUGAGUGUGAGGAUGAGGAAGACCCAGUGUGUGGAGCCUGGAGGUGUGAGAACAGCCCUGGUUCCUACCGCUGCGUCGCGGGUUGCCAGCCUGGCUUCUACAUGGCCCCAACUGGAGACUGCAUUGACAUAGAUGAGUGUGCCAACGACACCGUGUGCGGAAGUCAUGGCUUCUGUGACAAUACGGAUGGCUCCUUCCGCUGCCUGUGUGACCAGGGCUUCGAGGCUUCACCCUCAGGCUGGGAAUGUGUUGACGUGAAUGAGUGUGAGCUCAUGCUGGCAGUGUGCGGGGCUGCACUCUGUGAGAACGUGGAAGGCUCCUUCCUGUGCCUUUGCGCCAGUGAUCUUGAGGAAUUUGACGCACAAGAAGGACACUGCCGUCCUCGGGGAGCUGGAGCUCAGAGAAUCCCAGAGGUCCCAACAGGGGACCCGGCUCCAGGCCUCAUCCGCAUGGAAUGCUACGCUGAGCAUGGCGGUGGUCCUCCCUGCUCUAGCAUCCUGGGCCAGAACUCCACACAGGCUGAGUGUUGUUGUACGCAGGGUGCCAGAUGGGGGAAAGCCUGUGACCCUUGCCCAUCUGAGGACUCAGCUGAAUUCAGUGAGCUCUGCCCCAGUGGUCAAGGCUACGUCCCCGUGGAAGGAGCCUGGACUUUUGGACAAACCAUGUACACAGACGCCGAUGAGUGUGUGCUGUUCGGGCCUGCUCUCUGCCAGAAUGGCCGGUGCCUCAACACAGUCCCUGGCUACAUUUGCCUGUGCAGCCCUGGCUACCACUACGAUGCCUCCAGCAGGAAGUGCCAGGAUCACAACGAAUGCCAGGACAUGGUCUGUGAGAAUGGUGAGUGUGUGAACACAGAAGGCUCCUUCCACUGUUCCUGCAGUCCCCCGCUCACCCUGGACCUUAGUGGGCAGCGCUGUGUGAACAGUACCAGCGGCACAGAGGACUUCCCUGACCAUGACAUCCACAUGGACAUCUGCUGGAAGACAGUCAGCAAUGACGUGUGCAGCCAGCCCUUGCGUGGGCACCAUACUACCUAUACCGAAUGCUGCUGCCAAGGUGGAGAGGCCUGGAGCCAGCAGUGUGCUCUCUGUCCCCCCAGGAGCUCUGAAGUCUAUGCUCAGCUGUGCAACGUGGCUCGGAUUGAGGCAGAGCGGGAAGCAGGGGUCCACUUCCGGCCAGGCUAUGAGUAUGGCCCCGGCCCAGACGAUCUGCCAUACAAUCUCUAUGGCCCAGAUGGGGCCCCUUUCUACAACUACCUGGGCCCCGAGGACGCGGUUCCUGAGCCUCCCUUCUCCAACGUGGCCAGGCAGCUGGGAGACAACACACCAGUCCUUGAGCCCCCUUUGCAACCGUCUGAACUUCAGCCCCACUACGUGGCAAGCCAUUCAGAACCGCUGGCUGCCUUCGAAGGGCUUCAGGCUGCGGAAUGUGGCAUCCUGAAUGGCUGUGAGAAUGGCCGCUGUGUGCGUGUGCGGGAGGGCUACACUUGUGACUGUUUUGAAGGCUUCCAGUUGGAUGCAGCCCAUAUGGCCUGUGUGGAUGUGAAUGAGUGUGAAGACUUGAACGGGCCUGCGGCCCUCUGUGCGCAUGGUCACUGUGAGAACACAGAGGGCUCCUAUCGCUGCCACUGUUCCCCAGGUUACGUGGCAGAGCCAGGCCCCCCACACUGUGCGGCCAAGGAGUAGAAGUGAGGGGUCCCUGUGAGCAGCUAUCUGGAAAUGGCUUCAGCCAAAGGCUGGGAACUUAUGAUUGCUUCCCUGGCUGGAAAGACAUCGUGGCUGGGAGGACAGCGGGAUGACAUCAGGCCAGGGCUCUGUAGCCAGGUUCUGCCAGCCUUGCCUGCUUGAUUCUUAUUUCUUCCAGCUUAGCUCUGGUUGUGAGCUUCCGUCACUGCCUCUAUGCCAUUGCUUGGCUCAGACACCACAAAUAUGUUAAUGCUUCAGUCACUGGCCAUGAGACACAGCCUACCAACCUGUCUGUCCUUGGGGACUCACUGUAGGAUGUCCAUCAGAAGAGGCUUCAUCCACGCCACUUAGGCUGGGCAAAAAAUGCAGGCACCCCUCUCCAACUGUGUCCCACACAUCAUCCUGAUGAGUCCAUAAUUGGGACAGCAGCCACAUCUGCCCCAGGGCGGCCCUUCACAAUCUGUGGAGCAAGACAGGGUUUGGAAAAGCUGGGGGAUAGCUCCAACACCACCUCUCUCAAGUAGAAUCUGGAGUGAGCACACCUCCACCCUGUAGAGAGUCUGUGGCCCUGGAAGGGACCAGUUUCCCUCAUCCCAGAGGAUGAAGACUAAUACUAACGUGCUGAGAGUAAGAAACAAACGAAGAGGAAUAAGGAGCCUGAGAAAGCAGCAAGAGAGCUGUACAAAAACCAUGGGGAGCUGAUAGGAAUGGAGGAGCCAAGUUUUAUAACAAUCUACAAACACUGAGUAGCUUUGGGCAAGCGAGUACUUGAAGCCACCCUAUAGCCACUGUGUGCCAGCAGUGCGGGUUGUCACAGAGUCCUUCAUUAGAUACAAAUGUUCCCUUCAGGAACCAAAUCUUUUGUGAAACCCAAAUUUAUGGGCUAACAAUACAAAGGUCUCUCUUGAAUUGUAUUGACCAUGGAAGCCAGAUUUUCAGUGUUGUUUAUCUCCUCUACUCAGAAGGCCUUGCCUUUGUUCCCUUCAGAAAAAAAAAAAUGAAUGUCUGGAACUCCUCUAAGAGAUGCACUUCCACACCAGCUAGCUGGGAAUUCAGGAGCAUGGCGGAAUAAAGAAAUGCUCACCCAGA